AUGACGAUAUCCACCUUGGAUCUGCUUCAGUUCAUGUUGACAUUUGAAGCAUCGGUGCAUCGGAGUGUGUAUCUACUUCGAGUAGUUAUGCGCUUCGGCGAAUCAAAGCAUGGCAUGUGUUUGGUGAGAUCCUUCCACAACGUUCCACCGCCACCGCCUCCUCCUCAUAUAAUCCUCAGCCUCCGAAUCACUGCAACAUUAUUUUCCAUUUCGACUGAAAAUCAAUCCUCCCCCCUCCCUCUCCAACCCAAAGUAGAAAAGCUGAAAUUUAACAUGGCUUCAUCGGGAUCGGAGAGGAGAUCAUCUGUGCCGCCGUCUCUCGAAGAAUUAAGCACCAGAGGCGCCACCGCCUUCCUUCUUCCGUGGAUUCUCAGCAUGGCCACUGCCUCGUCUCAACAACCCCGCGAUGUUGUGGUGUUCAUAAACCAAGCUACAGGGGCCAUAACCAUGAUCGAAGGUUCCCUCGAUGUCGAAGCGUUCCUCAGCGGCAUGCCCAGGAAGGAAGGGCCGUUGCCGGCGUCUAAAGCGUCUAUCGAGUCUAUGCCGGUGGUGAAAACAACGGAACUGGGUUCGGAGUGUCCGAUUUGCUUAACGGAGUUUGAGGUGAACGGCGAUGUCAAAGAGAUGCCGUGUAAGCACAAAUUCCAUUCGGGUUGCAUUGACAAAUGGUUACGGGUCAAUGGGUCGUGCCCGGUUUGUCGGUACAUUAUGCCGGUCGAGGAGAAGAAAGAAACUGAUAGUGAAGGAGAGGUGGAAAGGAGAGAGGGACCGGGGAUGAGAAUUCACGUGUUUUUUGCACGCGGUGACAACCAGAGGGAGGCGGGUUCGGAUACGAGUGUCGGGUCCGGACACGAGGGCUCGGGCAGCAAUCCAGAAAGUGAGAAUAGAAACGGGUUGCAACCCGAAAACAUGGAUUUAGAUUAA